AUACUCCAAAACCCUAGAGCAAAUAUACGCGACAGAUAUAAUAUAUACAUAAGACAUCAUUUCUGCCUGACCAGUGAGCCAAGAGCUUAGAGGGCACACACAGCCGAUAAAAAUGUCGAAGCGAGGCAGAGGUGGAUCUGCUGGGAACAAGUUCAGGAUGUCGCUGGGUCUGCCAGUUGCAGCGACGGUGAACUGCGCCGAUAACACUGGAGCGAAGAAUCUGUACAUCAUUUCGGUGAAAGGAAUCAAGGGCCGCCUCAACCGCUUGCCGUCGGCUUGCGUUGGAGACAUGGUGAUGGCCACCGUGAAGAAAGGGAAGCCGGAUCUCAGGAAGAAGGUCAUGCCAGCCGUCAUCGUCAGGCAGCGCAAACCCUGGCGCAGAAAGGAUGGCGUCUACAUGUAUUUUGAAGACAAUGCAGGUGUCAUUGUGAAUCCCAAGGGGGAGAUGAAAGGAUCUGCUAUUACUGGGCCCAUUGGCAAAGAGUGUGCUGAUUUGUGGCCAAGAAUUGCUAGUGCUGCCAAUGCUAUCGUCUGAGAGUGAAGAACAACUGACUUGUUUUCAUAGUUUGUUUGUGGCAUUAGGUUAUAUGAUGCCCUGGAUGUAUUAUUUUGCUUUUGAGGUUUCUUUUAUGUUAGGGCAGAAUGAAAUGUGUCGGAUAAGCAAUUGUUUUCCUUUUAUAAAUUUAUGUUGGCGUGUUUCAGAU